AUGCCGACCGUUUCGUCCAACGAGAAACUCAGCACACCAUCAGUCUAUCCAACGAAAGCCCCAUUCCCAACGAUCAUCGUCCCUGAUACAACCAGUGGAAUUCCAGACAAUGAAGAUGGGUUACGGCUAGAGCCUCACGCGAGCGAGAAAGUUCAGGUGGAAGUCUGCUCCGAACUAGCAUUCUUCAAUCAACCCUUCGAUAUCUUCAACAAUGCCGGACCAUCGUGUAAAGAAACUCAACAAAAGCUGGCACUGAUACAUGAUAAGAACGGACAGCCCAUGGUGUUUGCAGUUUCGAAUACUGGACGCCUACACGUUGUGUUUCACGUUAAUAAUGCUAUAGCUGGCUGGCAGACCUCGGAUAUCACGCCUACACAGAAUGAUGAUAGCUCAAAGGUAGAUGCUUUCGAUACCCUGGAACUAGGUGAUAAAAUACAUAUCGUGGUUAGCCUUGAAUCGGACAAGCACUCGAACAUCUCGCAAACGGUGUGGCAUGCUACAUUUGAGAAGCCAAAUCUGGUCGUAGAUGACGAUUUAGCUGAUGUUGCGGGGCUUCCUGAUCUGCAGUGGAACGAGAUCAACAAUGGAAUAGGCGACAAGAACAUCACUUCCGUUCUUUGUUGUCCUUCCGUUUCCUCUUUGGCCGGGUUUUACAUAUGCGCUGGGACUCAAACGUACGGCAAGUCUGCUGCAACACAUUACAUACUAGACCCUGCUCUUGGCCCGAAUGCAACAUGGCGCGAUAUCGUUAUGUCGGGUUCCGCGGAUAGUUUGCUAGCUCUCCAGCCAGUAUGUACUGGAAGCUUCCGAGACAAAACAAGUCGCGAAGUUGGCGUAGCAUCAGUGUAUCGUCAGACCGACGGGAACGAACAGCAGGUUUGUAGUGUCGAAGUUCUAGAUGAGACAUCGGCCCAGAGAGUGAAAACUAGGGUGCUACAGACAGGUCGGUUAGGAAGUAUUAGCAGUCUCUUCUCAAGUGUUAAUCCUUGGGGUUUGACCGACAUCCUGGUCGCCGGUGAAUUUGGAAUCGGCUAUUUUGAAUCAUCAGCUUUAGAGCGUAUGCUUGGCGAUCCGAUUCUUCCAGAUAUCGCUUUCAAACAGGUAGUCUGUUCUGAAGUCUACAAGGAUCUUUUCUGUCAUCUUACGGUAUUCGCCAUAUCGGAUCACAACGAGCUGUAUUUCAUCGAGGGGAAGAGGUCCAAAGACAGAAAAGUCACGUUUCAGACACCGUCUGGUUUACCGAUACGACAAGGCGUUACAAUGAUGUCUCCACAGUACAACGCGAAGUCUAACGCCAGUGAGCUGUUGUAUGUCAGCGACAAUGGCUCCAAUGGUCUGCGGCAUCUAGUUCGCGACCCUGUUUCGACACUGUGGACAGAGGAUAGCCUUCAAAUCAAGGUACCACCCGGUACUCCAUCAACCCUGACCAAGGUUCCAGUUUACAUGACAUCCAUAUCACUGUCAAAUGAAAACGGAGUGCCUGUACCUCAGGGCUACUCUGUGAACGUUACCUGCGAGCCUCAUAUGCACGUAAACUGCAAUGGCCGUUCUUUCUUGUUGAACGGCAAACCGACCAAGAUUACUACCCUGGACGCGUCGGGCCAGAUCGACCUGACACUACCCGUCGACCCGUUGAUGGGAUCCUGUACUAUCAAAGUCGAAUUGUUCGAGUUCAAGUCCAAAUCAUCAGCAUCCGACAUCAUUUGUAUCAACCCAGCACAACGAGUCAUUGACGGCCUAAGCUCGGUGAAGUCAGAGAACGAUCUACGAAACGCUCGUGGCCCUAACGGAGAGGUCAUAUUUGAAGAUGAGUCCAAAAUCACUGAGAGUGGCACUUUGCUAACACAGUUUGGACCAAUGGCACGGAAGCUGGGUGAUGAAGACCCCACCUCUGCCUCCUCAGGCGAAGACGAUACAAGUACUCUGUCAUGGAGCAAGGAAGAGGCUGCAGUGUAUCGCGACCCUGAUGCCAACUGGUUUGACAAAGCAAGCGCUACAGCAGGUCGACUUUUAGGCGAUGCCAUCGAGUACCUAAAGAUCGCAGUGAAGACGACUGUCAAAUUCGCCGUGAAGACCAUCGGCAAAGUUGUUAUGUUUGGGCUGCGUAUCGCUGGAAAGGUUCUCUCGUUUGCUGUGAAAACGGUUGCGGUACUACUCAAAGCAGUAUGCGGUAUACUAAACUUCAUGGGUAUCAGCACAGCAGGAUUGACGAAGUGGUUGGCUGUUGCGUUCAGUACUGAGAAUGCCAAGAAAACACAAGAGGUUUUGAAAGAAUCGUUCAGCACGGUCCUCGACGUCAUGCAAAGCUUCUUGGUCAAGAACAAAUGGCGUGUAGCAGAGUGGAUGGAAGACAUCGAAGACACAUGCAAGACAGUCAUUCCGGAUUCGCGACCACCGGCCAACGAUGAGUCAAAUCGAAAACCCAGCCUGAUAUCGAGGAUCCUCAACAAUCCUGUCAUCAAAGCUCUUAUGAAGUUCAAUCCAAUGUCUUGGGUCCUUGAGGCCAUGGCGGAAGGCAUUGAGGAGAUGUUAGGCGACAAGCUCGUGAUUCCAUCCCUCGAUUCUGUUUUUGCGCCAUUCAAGUCUUUGCUCGGGGACCUUACUGACGAUUUCGCUGGGCUUUUGGAACGACUGUUUGAUGCGAUCUGGAGCGAACUGAAAAACCUCAUCGCACAUCCAAGCAAAGUCAUUGAAAUUCUCAUCCGCGUCUUGGGAGACGUCUUUUACACUGCCUUCGACACAGUAAAAGUCUUCAUUCUGGCGUGUUAUGAUGCUUUUCUUGCUGCAAUCCAGGCUUCCAGGGAUCUGCUCACAGCCAAAUGGGUGAUUCCAGGCUUGACAGACGAGUGGGAGGAAAGCAAAGGACAAGACUUCAACCUCUUGAACUGUGGGACAUAUCUGCUUGCUCAGAUCAUGAAUGUGACGCACUUGUUCUCGAGUAGUAAGGCAGAGUUGCCUUUUGACGGCCUGAAGGUUCCCAAAGCCAGUUCGAUACCAAUACCGAUGAUCGAAACAGAGAAGCUAAAGGAACUCGCGAGUCGGCCACCUGGACCACACGACCUCGUUGUUAUGAUGGCUUCAGGAACGACAGCAUCGCCUCAAACGCCUGAAGAGAUCAAGGCAGAGAGGGAGGCUCGGUUGAAGGACAGACAGUGGUGUGAUUUAUGGAACAACGUCAGCACUGUUCUGAGGUUCCUCGGCGGAGCAUUCGACGCAUAUAUUACAGGGACUGAAAUAAGAAAAGUGAGAGACUCCAACAGCAUGAGUGGAAACGGUGGGCGAGUCCCUAUCAUAGGAAAGGGAGUAAACCCGCCACCUGUGGCAAAGAAGACUGGAUGGACACUCAGUAACAAGGCAAAGAUCGUGCCUGCAUCCAAGGGCAAUAUUGAGCUCACGACUAUAUUCCACGGGCCGCCACAUGUGCAGCCAGCUGGAACACACAAGAUCAAACAAGCCGCAGGGGAUUUAGGCCCAGAACCAGAAUUGGAAGCAGACCUCGAACCUGAUCCAUCUCCAUUGAUUCAAAAAGAAGCCCCUGGACCUGAUCGAUCUCCACCGAUUCAAAAAGAAGCCCCUGGACCUGAUCCAUCUCUACCGAUUCAAAAAGAAGCCCCUGGACCUGUAAAUUCCGGGGAAAGCAAGGAGCCAGCAGUCAAGCCAGGAAGCGCUGCUUCGCCAAUCAAAGACACACACCAGGAUGCUAUGGUGGAAUCGGUUAAGAAGAUCAGCAAAAUCUGGGAGGUGUCCGCCAUUGUUGUCAAUUUUGCUGGUCUUGGAUUCUCCGUCACCACGGCUGUGAUGAAAUCUAGCCUUCCCGAGGCCAAGGAUAACAUUGAACGGCGGUUUCGUUAUGCCAAUCUUGGCCUUCAGCUUGGUGGUUGUAUCUGCACCACAAUUGGCAUGUGUACUGACAUGAAACGGGUGUCGCAAGGUGGUGGGAUAGCUCUCCAGAUAGGUGCUGUGCUCGAGUGGGUUGGAACGAUUUGGCAACGGAAUAACGAUCUUCCCGAAGGGUCUACAGCCCUAGAUUUAGCCAAGUCGAUCUCGGGAAUUGAGUAUGCUGAUAUGGCGGGUUGUGGGUUUGGCUUGAUCGCAGCUGCGAUCAGUUGGAAGCCAAGCCGGAAGUACUACGCAGUGCUCUUUAGCGUGUUGGAUCUUACGUCUGCGGGUUCUGUAUUCGUUGUCGGAUUCAUCAAUCUUGAGGAAAAUGCCGAAACAGCUGAGCUUGCAUGGGAAGAGAAGCAGAAGAGGAACAAAGAAGACUAAUACGAUAGGCCCUGAGGUCCAGCGUUGAUUUUAGAAUUAGCGACCUGGAUACCAACUGAUAGGUAGCCUGUGGAACAGCAGUGUCAUCAUAUCCACAAACAACAUACAUGCUACAAGAACAACUUCAAAGCCCUUUACGCUAUGAAGUCCUCUAGUAAACCCUAGAACUGCAACCUCUUAGUCAAGUAAAACUUUAC